AUGAGCCUCCUCGGGAGCUACCGGAAAAAGACCAACAAUGAUGGCUAUGAAUCUUUGCAGCUCGUGGACAGCAACGGUGACUUCUGCGGCAGCCGGGAGCGAACCGGCGGCGGCGGAGGCGGCGGCAGCAUCAGCAAACAAGGGGUGAUCCCCGCGGUGGUGGCGGCAGCAGCAGCAGCCCGGAGCCCAGCGCGACAGCAGCACCAGCCGCUCGACUGCAGCACCAUGGACAGCUCAGGUAGCGGCUUUAACUUCUUGGCCGGGGAGGGGAAGGAGGUUGUGGGUGAUGGGAGGCUCUGGUUACAGCCCCACCUUGCUUCCCAGCAAGAUCUGAGAGGCCCAGGCGUGCUCUGGUGCUGGGAGGAUGGCAAGGCUGGCCGGGGUCCAGGCCAUCCUCCGGUUUCUGAGGCAAGGAAACCUAAGAGGGCCCGGUGUUGCAAUUUUAAAGAGCUUUGAAGACCAGCUAAUGAGGAAACGUAUCCCAGCUGUCACUCUCUUCUGUUAAUUGAUGGGGAAAGGAGUGAGGAGAGAUGCAAAGGAACUGCUGAGGUCAGUGUAUUGUUCUCAGGAUGUGUGCUAAGUGGGCAGGGGAGUGAUGGAGGGAAGAUGGCUUAGGUUUCGUUGGCUGGUGGUGUGAAGAAAUCAUAGUAAACUCAGGGUGAUCAUUGGAAGAAGGAAAAUGUAUUUUUCAGAAAGUAUUGGGUGCAUGUCCAGUUUAUCUUAUGGCGAAUAUGCUUAAGAGCAGUUUUAAAAGGACCACAUUAUAACAGUGGAAAAAGUGCUUUGGGUCAUUGUUUAAUGGGGGUAAAAUACAACUGAAUAUCAGAUGUGGAAUAAAUGUUGAUGUUGUGUUGGAAGUGAAGGCUACUAAACAAUGGCUCAUUUAUUUCUGCAAACAACUAUCCUGAGUGGCUUGGCCAAAAGAGUUCUUUUGUUAUCUGUAAACGCUAACAAGCAUGCUAGUAUUGUCUCUAGAUCUAUUGAUAGGGAACAACACAAGAAUAAAUUAGGAAACACUGCUUUAUUGGCAGGUAAAUAAAGUUGUGCCUCCUCACAAUAGCAAAGGGAAGGAAAGCUUGAAUGCAAUUUUGCUGGAAUGUUUUCUUCAUGACCAGUGGAAUUAGACUGGCAUGCUGCAUGAGUUGGGAAACUACCCCCACCCAUUGCUAAAUCUUCCAAUUGUAUAGCCAGAUGGCUCACAGGAUUGGUAAUGAGAAGCUAUGCACUUCAGGGGUCCUGGUUCAGAUUGGCCUGGAUUGCUGAGAGUAGUUAUUGGUGGAUUAUCAGCUAUGUACUGAAAUGUGUGGAUGGGUGUGUUCCUUCCUUCCUUUUUUUUUUUUAAAGGGUAUUUCAAUACUAUUGAUACCAGCUGUGUUUGCUAACAAUUUUAUCCAUAGCUCUGUUUCAUUUCUGACGCUAGCUUCAUUUUUCCUCCAGAGAACAUCUUCUUGAUGUAUAAGCAGUUUCCACAAAGUGAUGUGCUGCCAGUCCGUUUAAAAAUAUAUUCUCAUAUCCAGUGAAGUGGAAUCCCAAAGCACAACUGUUAGAGUGAGAAUAUGAUAGUCUACAAGAACUUAGUCUCCAUCCUUGAAUUUAUGUGGUGUGAUUAACUUGGUUGAUAUAAAGAGGAUUGGACUUGAGAACUGGUUUAUUCACUGUCUCAAGGUUGGGGGUAGAAUUCCAGAUGCUUUACAUGAUAGAAGAGUAAUACACAUGAUGAACCAUAUGUCCUGAAUUUGGGAGUCCAGUUUAUAAUACAAUACUACUGAACUAAUGGUUUAUUUUAAAAAAUAGACUCCAUGUAGGUUUCAAAAUGGUAGAAGAAGAACUAAGGCAUCUGCCAUGAUUACUCCUCUUCCCCCAAUGAGCUGAGCAGAUGUUAAAUUGUAGCCUGUGCUGGCUAGGCCUGAUGGGAGUUGUGACAUAAAGUACUUGGAGGACACCAGGCUGGGGAAGACUAGUAUAGUCACACACAAUGCGUUACCUCCACUUGGUAAUUAGCAGAAGACCAAAUCCCAGUUUACAUGCAUCAGUUCGUUUUAAACAAACAGGUGUGUUUAGUGUUAGUGUGCACCCACAAUGGAAUAACUUUGAUCUAAGAAAACUUUGUCUUGGUCUUGUAGAGGUAAGGAGUAUUUUUUCCUAACUGUUACUGAUCAGAGAAGGAUGUAAGGGGUAAAACUUUGGUUUCUCUUGGAAUAGAAGGAGAAAUGAGGUCUGUGCAAACUCAUAAAUUGUGCUGGACUUUCCAGGUACAGUUCAACCCUCUUGACCCUUGCCCAUCUUGGCUUUUUAAAGCUAACCAUAGGAGAUUAAUAGGGUCCAGGGAGUGAUUGGUGCUUCAUUGGAAUGGGUGAGGAACCAUUUGUCUUGAAGUAGGCGGUGGUGUGUCCACUCUUUAAGAGAACCUCCCUAGACCUGGAAUUCAGUGGCAAAUAUCCUCUUUUUGGAGAAGGUGCUUGAGAGGAUCGUUGCAAUUGAGCUUCAGACAUGCUUGGAGGAAAAUGAAUGUCUGUAUUCAUUUCAGUCUAACCUCGGGCCCAUUCAUGGCCCUAAACUGUCUUGAUCACAGUGGUUGAUACAUUUGUUAGAAGAGAGAUGGAGGGGAGUGCAAUCCUGUUUAUUCUUUUUAGAAGCUUUCGAUACCAUAGACCAUAGCAUCCUUCUGGAGGAGCUCAAUGAGGUGGUGUUUGAGGGCACUGUAUUUCAGUGGUUCCACUCCUACCUCCAGGGUCAUUUCUAGAAAGCAUUUAUGGAAGGCCACUGACAUCAUUGGAGUUCCCUGUGGUGUUCUAUAGGAUUCCAACUCGUCCCCCAUGCUAUUUAACACCUAUAUGAAGCCCCUGGGAACUGUCACCAGCAGUUUUGGAGUUAAGUGUUACCAAUAUGUGGGUAGCACUUCUAUCUCUCUGUUCCAUCUGAAUCAAGAGAGGUGGCUGAGGUAUGAACGCAAUGAUGUGGGCCAGCAAUUGGAAACUGAAGCAUGAAAGGACAAAGGUGUUAUGUGUUCCAAGUCUUGAGCUGAAGAGGUUCUGUACAGGGUUGCAGUCCCCUGGAAGGAUCAGGCUUGUCGCUUGGGGGUACUCCUCAACCCAGUGAAGUCACCUGAGGCCCAGGUAGCCUCUGUGGCCAGGAGUGCCUGUUUCCAGCUCCAGCUGGUUUGUCAGCUACACAUUGUGGGUUUCACCUUGAUCUGGUAACUUCCAGAUUGGAUUAUUGCAGUGCUCUCUAUGUUGGUCUGCCCUUGAAAUCAACUCAGAAGCUUCAGCUGGUUCAAAAUGCAGGUUACUGGCUAGGGUUUUCUUUAGAACUCUUGUAUAAUCCCUAUUUUAAAACAGCUACACUAGUUGCCAUUUUGUUUCUGGGCCUAGUUCAAGAUGCUCACAUUAGUGUUGAAAACCCUACAUGACUAGUUUUGAGACUACAAUUUCCAUCAUCCCUGACCACUGGGUCCUGCUAGCUAAGGAUCAUGAGAGUUGUAGGCCAAAAAACAUCUGGAGUGCCAUGUUUGAGGAAGCCUGCUAUAAAGUUUUCAGUGAAUGCUGGAGACAUACAUCUUUACACUGGCCUUUGACAACUGAGAAGUGUGUUUCCAGAAGGCAUCCUAUUCCUGUGACUAUAAUUUGUUUUAACAGGUUUUAUUACCAAAUAUCCAGAUCUGCAAAACAGAUAUAUUCAACACUAUUGUAUCGACUCAUUUAAGAUUAGAGGAGGAGGUGUAACUUACCCUUACUUUGUUGUUUUGUGUAGUCCAGUAUUUGUAUUUUAUAAAUUAAUUAAAUAUUAUUUAUUUUAAAAAUAAUAGAGAAUUUUAAAUUAUUGUAACCUGCCCUGGGGCUUGCUGGUGAAGGCAGGUAAUAAAUGUAAUAAUGCUGAUAAUAAUACAAUCCUAGAAAACUUGACAGAAACGAGUGCAAAAGUUGGCUUAAUUUUUCAUUAAGAGCAUUUGCACUGAAAUUAAGUAAAUGGUAAAGAGGAAAGCCACAGGGGGCAAAGUUUUCAAAUACUGAAUCUGCAGCUUUGAAAUCUAAUGCUUUUGAGUUCUGAGGCCACAAUCAGAACACCACAAAUUAAUUGGUGUUCCCUGCAUUAAGGAAGAGACACUCCCUUUCUUCCUCCACCCAAGUUCACUAUUCUUCUGUGCUCUGCCCAUGGGCAAACGUAUCUGUAAGGUAUAAUGUUUUUUAGUAUUGCAUGUAUGUGUCUGUACUGACGUGGUGGGAUCGUAUUUCUGCAGAUCUAUAAGCUCUAAGCUUCCAAAGAAUAUAGGAAUCAAGUGUGUUGGCGCUUGAUAAAUGCCACAAAGUAGUAUCCACACACUGGGGUAAAAUGAAAGGAAAAACUGAAUAUAGAUUUGUCUAAAGACAUAUAACAUGUCCUAUGAACUUGAGGCAGGUAAAGAGAUCUUAAAAUUAAAAUACAUAUAUGCUUCCAUUUUAUUAGAAUAUGCUUAGGCUCAUAAUUCCAUGGACCUCUGAGAAUAGGCAAUUUCAGGCCAGCCCUGGGAGAACCUCUGUGUCUCCUUGCUGGUUAUAUUUUUUGUCUUGUGCAUUCUUGAGAUGGCUGAGUUAUGAUGGAAAACAUGACAGAAAUCUUUUAAUACCUUUUUGUCCCAAGACCAUAACAUUCUAAAUGGCAAAUCCAAAUACAGUUAAUAAUAACGUAAGACCCCUUCUGGAUCAGGCCAAAGGAUUGUCUAGUCCAGCAUCUUUUUUUCCAGCAGUGAAAAACCAGAUGGCAAUGGGAAGCCCACAACUGGGACAUGAGGGCAAUACCAACUCCCGAUGCUGUUCUUCAGCAACAGGAUUUCAGAAGCACAUUGCCUCUGAUCUUGGAGGUAGUCAUUUUGGUUCUUUUAAAAUUAUUGGAUAGAUUUCUAGUACACUGUUUAGAGUGUUUAUUUUCCUUAAAUGGCUUACAAGAGAUCAAUAAACUACAUUAAAAUUCAAGGCUUGAAUAGCAAUAAACAACUGAGAAAAUUAAAAUACAGUAGUAGAUAAAAUAGUCAUCAGUGGUAUGCAGCCAUCAUGGCUAGUAGGCUUUAUCCUUUGUGAAAUUAUUUAAUCUAGGUUGGAGGCCAUUACCACAUUUUGUGACAGUGAAUUUAAUAAUUUAACAACUUGCUGGAAGAAGUCCUUCUCUGUCCUUAGUCUUCUGCCAGUCAGCUUCUUUGAGCGACCCAGUUCUAGUAUUAUUCAGAGAACAAAAAAAAUUCUCUGUCCACUUUCUCUACAGACAUAAUUCUAUACACCACUAUAUGCCUCCUCUUUUUGCCUCUCUACCAAGCUAAAAAGCCUUGUGAGGACAAUGAUGCUGUCAGUACAGAUUCUAACAGUGCCAUCCCAUAUACUUUGGUUUGGAAGCAAGUUCCAUAGAAUUCAGUGAGACUUUCUCCCAGGGAAGUAGGUGUAAUAUUGCAGUUUUAAUCAUGGGUAGCAUAUUACUAGAAAACAUUGCCAUUGAGAGGCAAACCUGCCAUGCUAUGCACUGUAUGAAACUGCAACUGUUUGGCAUUUAUUUAGUUUUAAAAGUGUGCAAUACUAAGCAACAGGUCUAAGAAUCGGGAGAGGGGGUUGCCUGUUCUAGAUGGGGUCACGCUCACUCUGAAGGAACAGGUAUGAAGCUUAGGAAUGCUCUUGGGGUCAUCUUUGUCCAUAGAAACUCAGGUGACCUCAAUGGGGAAGAGUGCUUAUCACCAGCUUUGGCUGGUAUGUCAACUAUAUCCUUUCCUGAACAGGGAUAAUUUUGCCACUAUGUGUGCCUUCCCUCAUGGCUGGUCUGGAGACUGCAGCUGGUGCAGAAUGCCACAACCCCAGUGGUGAGUGAUGCCUCUCAUCAAGCACAUAUCACACUAGUGCUAAAAGAUAUGUGCUGGCUGCCUUUAAUCACUGAACCAGUUUUAAGGUUCUACUACUAACAUAUAAGGUCCUGAACAACUCCGAACUAUGUUACAUUUCCCCCUAUGCAGUCUGGUAAGGGCAUUAAUAUCACUUCUAAUACAUCAUGGCUACAUUUCUAUGUGCAUACAAAAUACUAUAACUGCUGCAUGCGAUGCAUAUGCAGGCCUAGCAGGACAUAGAUUAACCCAACUGCGGCUAGAAAUUUCCAAACCCACUUCCUCUAUGUAGCUUCCAUUGUCUCAACCAAAGUGCCUCUGACUUAGCCUGCUGCAGAUUCCUUUCCCUCCAUGAAGAGCUUUGUUCCCUCCAGGUAUCUUGUGUCUUUCCAUCUCCCUUCCUUGCUUUUAGCAGAAAGGCAAGAUGGGAACUCAGCCCAGAAUGCAAAGAACUACUGGAAACCAGUUCUUUGAGCAUCUACCAGAUCCUUCAACUGCUUGUUCAAUACCUCAUGAUCAGUGGGUAUUAAGGGACUUCUGAACAUCAAAAAAGACCAACAUACUACAAUUAUGUCCGCUUCAAAUUUACUGUAUGCAUACUGCAUAGCUAGUAUACUUUCAAAGUAAUCAAAGUAAUCAAACUGAAUGCACUAGGAUAAUGAAAAGAGGCAUGUUACAUAAAACAGAUAGCAAUUUAUGCCUGAAUAUAGAAGCCAUGUGGUGAAUAUUAUACAGUUGUUUAAGCUGCUGCAUUUGUUCUGCAAUAGCUGGUGUGUGUGGAUGCAUUGUUCAAUUGAUCACUAGCAAAAAUGCUUCUGACCCCAAACUGCUCCUGGGAUAAUAUUUUUUCCCUGCUCUCGAGAUUUUGCAUUGUAAGCUAUUAUCAGUUCUUGCAAACCUUCAUGCUUAAAAAAAUAUACAUGAGAAUAUCUUCAUUUUUAUUAUUUUCAUUCAUUUCAUUAUUCUAAUUUUAAAAAUGUCUAUGGUGAGCUACUCUCUGAAAUUUAUAGGCAUUGCAUACCAGUUCUAGUACUUCUAUGAAUUUAAUUAUCUUCCUUUUUAUGAUAAAGGCACAUGCAUAUUUCCAGUUUAUUACUUCUAGCAAUACAUCUUCUGCAGGCCUUGCUAAAAAUUCUAAUAAUUCAGUUGUAAUAACUAGACAAAUGAGAGUAUGUAGAAGACUGUACAGUUCUUUACCAUCAGCACCCGUCAGAUUCUGAACAGGUAUGAAAAAACAUUUCCACUGAUUUCCGUAAAGCAGUGCUGAUGACCAUAAGCAGAUAAUUUUUUUUGCCAUGGUGUGCUUUGUUUUUUUGGGGGUGCUGGUAGUAGUGAUUUCAAUAUAAUUGCUAUAUGAGGCCCUAGGGGUGGACAUUGGCAAUCUUUUGUAAUGGUUGAAGAGCAACAUUUUUGCCUGCUGUAAAAUAAAGGCACCAGCUGAGCCUCUCUGGGAAGAGCAUUCCACAAAUGAGGAGUCACUGCAGAAAAGGCCUGCUCUCUUGUUGCCACCCUCUGGGCCUCUCAUGGAGGAGGCACACAAAGAAGGGCCUCAAAUGAUGAUAACAAGUUUUGGGUCAGUUCAUAUGGGGAGAAGUGGUCCUUGAAAUAUUGUGGUUCUGAGAUGGUUCUGAGCUGUUUAAGGCAGCAUUUCCCAACCUUGGGCCUCCAGCUGUUUUUGGACUACAACUCCCAUAAUCCUCAGCUAGCAAGACCAGUGGUCAGGGAUGAUGAGAAUUGUAGUUCGAAAACAGCUGGAGGCCCAAGUUUGGGAAACACUGGUUUAAGGCUUAUAGGUGAAAACCAGCACUUUCAAUUGGGCCCAGAAACUAAUUGGCAGCCAAUGCAGCUUGGCCAGGAUUGGUGUAGUAUGCUCAAAACCAUCUUGCCCUGGUGAGCAACCUAGCUGUUGAAUUCUGCACUAGCUGAAGUUUCUGAACUGUCUUCAAAGGCAGCCUGAUGUAUAACGUGUUGCAGUUAUCUAGCUGAGAGGUUACCAGACUACAGACAGCAGAAGUUAUGCUAUUCCUGUCCAGAUAGGGGCACAGCUGGGCCACCAGCUGAAGCUGAUGGAAGGCACUCCACCUGAGUCUUAAGCAACAGCAAUGGAUCCAGGAGUAACCCGAAGCUGUGUGCCCACUCCUUCAGUGGGAGUUUAACACCAUCAAGAAUAGGCAACCUCCUAUCCAUCGGGUCUGUGGAACCACCCACUAACAGUGCCUCAGUCUCAAUCAUCUGGAUUGAGCUUCAGCUUGUUGCCUCUCAUCCAGCCUAUUAGCAAGGCAAGACAAAAGUCCAGCACACCCACUCCCAUACCUGCAAAUGUAAAGAAGGAGUAGAGCUGUGUGUCACCAGCAUAUUGCUGACAGCAUAAUCCAAAACUCUGAAUGAGGGAGGUUUUAUGUACAUGUUAAACAGCAUGGGGGAUAAAAUCAAACCCUGAAGAACCCCACAUUGAAGGCUCCAUGGGACCAAGGAGCACUCCCCAAGCAGCAUCCUCUGGAAAUGAUCACCAAAGUAGGAAAAGAACCAUUGUAAAGCAGUGUUACCCACCCCUAACUUGGACAGCUGCUCCAGAAGGUUACCAUGGUUGAUAGUAUCAAAAGCCACUGAGAGGUUGGGGAGAAUUAAUAGGGACACAUUUCUGCUGUCUCUUUCCCAAUGGUGGUUAUCAUACAGGGUGACCAAAGCAGUUUCUGUGCCAAAACUGGGCCUAAACCCCAAUUGAAAUGAAUCUAGAAAUGCAAAAUAUCACUUUAAAUUUGCUUUCUGAAACUUCAUAGCUGCAGGGUGGACUAUGAGAACAAAGAUCCUCUAUUUGAUUGACAAAACUAGAUUCAUUUACAAAACACUGACCAUUCAAUUAGUCCAAAAUACCUUCAGACCAGGAAACGUCAAUGAAGAUAAGACCUUUGGAGUUGGGUUUCUCAUAGAUUAAUCUCAAGAGCUAGCAGUGAUCAGCUGAAGUAAGCAAAGUAUUCUUUGAUUUUCUAGAAGUUAACAUCUCUUGUCUUUUUAUAUUUGCUUUUCAAUAAGCCAAGAGAUAUCUCUGUAUCAGUGAAAACAAAAUAAACCAAAACAAUCUGUUAGACAAUGUCUCGUCUGUCUUUCUCCUUUUUUAAAACAGAAGAGUCCAUUUCAUAAGCCUCUUUGUUUCUAAGAACUGAAUAGCACCGCCAGAUCGCUUGCACAUCUUUUGCCAUUGCAUCAUUAGUGCUUGUUUUUACACAGUUUUGCCCUUGACUGUGUUUCGUAUUGUCGUUGUUUAAAUGACAGUUCUAAGCACAAAUUUAAUUGCUUUUUUGCUAGUGAGAUAAUAAUUUGAAAAAGUAAAUAAAUAUAAGAUUUUAGUCCACAUAAAGCUUAAGUGACAAGCUGAUAGAAAUGUCAAGGUAAUGAGAAAAAGUUAAACAUUCCCCCUCCCUUUUUCUAUGGUAGGUGAAAUCAUGCAGGAUUAUAACUUAUUCUGCCAUCAAGGCUAUUAGAAUCAGAACAGUAUUUAUUGUUAUUGUGUUAUCUAAUUAAGGUCCGUAAACCAUAGAAGAAUAAAACAACAAUGUACAAGGCAAUUAAGACUUUCAUAAAGGUGUAGAUAAGGCUAUUAACAGAGGCAGUUAUCACAAGCAGCUGCAUUGAAUUAAAAAAAAAUCCUUCCAAUGAGAUGUUAGCAACUGACUUAGGAAAGCAUGCCUGUUACCAAAUAUCCUAGUCUUAUUUCACAACCAAAGUAGCAGUUCUUUACCAAAAAGUUCAGAGUUAACUAGUUUAUAACUGAUGUACUACAUACCGUAAUUGUUUGUGGUCUCUGUUGAAAAAGUGGAAAGAAGAAUCAAUUGCACUAGCUAUGCCCAAGAGGCUCUUUGGAUCCCGGCUAUAUUCUUGGCUAUGCAUAAAGGACUUUCAAAUCUGUAGAUGCAAUGCUAAGCACGUAGAGUGUUAUGCAGAGGUGCCCUAGUAUUUAGUAGAGCUUUACACUCCCACCCCCAGGUUGCCACUGUGCUGUCUGGUGCACAGCAUUGUGGCCAGUAUGUUAAUUCCAAGGCAGGCUUUCCGCACCUUCCCUGUAAGCAUUUGUAGGGGGAAUCUGUGGACCCCUGAUGAAGAGGCUACUGGCCAGAAACACAACAACAGUUAGCUUUUGGAUGCUUGCAAAGGAGGUGUGGAAGAAGAAUCUGCCUUGGAAUAAAUAGCACAAAGGUGGCCCAGUGGGGGACCGAGCACUCCAUUAGGGCACCUGCACAUACUACUGUGUAACUGUUUAACCCUGUAAGUUCUGAUUCUCCUCACAACAUCUGCACCCAUUUGCUCAUUCUUAAUUAGCAGCUGUGCUGUUACAAACACACCUUUGUUUUAUUUUAUUCUUUUGUGUUCAUGUCCAAGGAUCCAUUGCCCAUUCAACUCUGUGGAUCUGUUUCCUUCUUUGGAGUGAAUGGGAAUGCUGAUGCAGUCAUUCACUCAAUAUAUGUGGUGUAGCUUCCACAAAACAAAUUGCAGAUUGACAAAAUGGUUCAAAGAGAGCUGUGCAAUGGGCUUUUAAGUAGGGGAACUUGCAUAAGAAGAGUGAGAGAUGUUAGAAUGCUCUCUCUGUGCAUGGAUAUCAUUGCACCUGCUAUCAGAAUUUAUCACCGCUGGGUUUCAGAUCAUAAGAACCCAAUGUCUGGAUACAUGUCAGAGUGUGAAUUUCCCAAUGUAAUUCUGUUAAAUUCUCUUUAAAUGGGUAGUGUAUUCAAAUGCUGAAAAUAUCUGAUGCCACAGGCUUAGCCUGUCCAGGGAAGAUGGACUGAUAAACAGAAAUUCUUUUGCAUUUGUCAGAGUUGGGCAUGGUUGAUAGUAUGCCUUUGUUCCAUUCUUUUAAAUGCCUUGCAACUUUACUUGAGACAUGUGGUUCUGUAUUUAGCAAGCCAUGCAUUAGUGAUAUAAUGACUCAGAUGGGCUUUGUCACAUCAACACCUGCCUCUGAAAGCUGUCUCAGGUCCUGCAGUACAUCCUGCUGAGCAGGAACCUGAAAACAGGCUUUCCUAUCUGAAAAAUGCUUCUUUCUGUGAUACCCUGUUUCCUGUUGCUAGUCUCUCUCUGUUCCAGGUACAUUCACCUCUGAUUCUGUCCAGCCCACAGCCCACAAGGAACAGAACAAAACAGUACAGUACAGUGUUUGUUGCAGAACUGGUGCUCCUCAUAUGUGCCUGGUUUUGUAGUGACCAUGCAAUGUCAUUGGUAGCCUCUCUUUUUGCACCAUUUAAUCUGAUUUUUUGCUUUCCAGGAAAAAUUCUGUUAACCUUUCUCCCCCCUAAAACAAAAAUUGUAACAUUCUUUGAUUAUGUCACUACCACAGUUAAAUAACUCUGAUGCAUUCUGUUGUUUACCAGAGAUUGUGACUAACUUGGUUAGCAUUUACAUCUCCAUUUGCUCGUUCCUAACUGGAAGCUGCAUUGUUGCUGCUGAUGUGUGCUAAGACCUGGUGCUUGUGGUGGUUGGUAAAUCUCCAGCAAAGCAAUGUAUGUGUGUGUGUGUGUGUGUGUGUGUGUGUGUGUGUGUUGUCUUAUGUCUGGUUUUCUUCUUUUAAGGUGCCUCGUCUCCGGACAUAGAGUCUAACUAUGGGGGAGGCCUGUUAGACAUGAUGAAAGGAGGAGCAGGGAGACUGUUCAGCAACUUAAAGGAUAACUUGAAGGACACUCUUAAAGACACUUCUACGAAAGUUAUGCAAUCUGUUGCAAGGUACUAUGAAACAAAAGCCCUGGAGAGCUCAGCUAGCAAAAUAGUAAGCUUAGUAAUUAUUUCCCUGUCACAGGGAAAUAAUCAGAUUUUAGUAGGCUUGGACAAAGGGAUUAUUUAGCACCCUGGUGAGAUCUUAGGAGGGAAACAGAAAAGGUUGCUGAGAAUUAAGCUGAAUUCACUAACGCAAAACGUAGAAGCCUGAAGUUUGAAUAAUAUUAUGAUGGCCCUCAAGUCACUGUGGCAAACUCCAGGAAGUCCAUAAGGAAGGCAUGGAGCUACUAACUUUCCCUUUCUCUUGUUCCUCCGGCUGAUACUCAGGAGCAUACUUCUAGAUAUGAAACAGUUCCCUUUAGCCAUCAUAACUAAUUAGCUAUCAAUAGCCUUAUCCUCUAUGAAUUUGUCCAAUCCUCCUUUUAGAAGCUGUCUUGUGGAAGUGAACCCCAUAAAUUAACUCUGUACUGAGUGAAGCUUUAUUUCUGCUUGUUUGCUCUGAACUUACUGUCAGUCAAAACCACUGGUAGACCCUGAGUUAUAGACAGGAAGAAGAACUUCUCUCUAGCCAUAAAUUAUUCACUUUUUGCAAAUGAAUAUCCUCAAAAAGGUUAGUGUAGAACUGAAAAGGGUUCAGAAAAGGGCAACCAAAAUGAUCAAGCAGAUAGGAAAAAAAUCCCCUGUGAGGAAAGGUUACUGCAUUUGGGGCUUUUAAAUUAGAGAAAAGGCAAGAAGAGGUGAUAUGACAAAAAAUUAUAAAAGUUUGCAUGGUGUGGAGAAAGUAUAGAGAGAGAAGCUUUUCAAUGAAGCUAAAUACUGGAUGAUUCCAGACAGACAAAAGAAAGUAAUUUUUCACACAGUGCAUAGUUAAACUAUGGAAUACACUCCCAUGAGAGGCAGUGCUGGCUACAAAUUUGGACGCCUAGAAAAGAGGGUUAGAGAAGUUCAUGGAGGAUAAGGCUAUCAGUGGAUGCUAACCCCAAUGGCUAUUAUUCUGUCUUUGCUGUCGAAUGCCAUUUUACUGGAAUCACUGUUGUCUUCAGGUCCUGUUCAUGGACUUUCCAUAGUUAUCUGUUAGGCCACUGUGAGAACAGGUGUUGGACUAGAUGGGUCACUGGCCUGAUCCAGCAGGCUCUUCUUGCAUUCUUAACUUGGUCUAAAAGUGUGUGGAAUUCAACAGAUAAGUAAGGGAUUUGUCUGAAAGCUGAGAUCUUCAGUAUUCAGGCUAGUGGUAACCAUGAGCACAAAUUCAUGAGGCAGCUUCUUUCCUAAUGUUCAAAGUGACCCCUGCAGCCACCAUUUUCUUGCUCUAAGAGGCCCUUCUGUCAUUUUGCUCUUUGAGUCAAAUGUACUGAAACAGCAAAGGAACAUUUAAUAUUAGUUGAGUAGACACCAUAGGUGGUAUCCAACAAAGUAGUUCCCUUAGUGCAAGAAUUUCUGUUUGCACAAUGGAACUUGCCCUCCCUAAAUUUACUCCAGAGGUUUUGGGGAAAACCCAGAACAGAUUUAGGGAGCAUGAAUGAAAAGAAGAGGGAGGGGAAGUUUUCUUGGCUGCCCAGGGAUCCUUGUCCUAACCGAACUACAUUCUUGGAUACUAUCUAUUGAAUUAUUUAGCUGCCAUUAUAUGCAGUUGUCUACAAAUAAAGACCCAGGAUGAGCUUUGUAGUUGUUGUUUUUUUAACUACCUAAUUUCUAAUAUUACAAAAUAGCUUGAGAUUUUAGACAUUUCCAACAGAGUCGUGAGAGUGAAAGGCAAUGAAUCCCAAUUCAGGAAUGAAGCAACUGUGGCCAUCCCAGGGGUUGGGCUACAACUUCCAUCAUCCCUGACUACUGUACUUCCUGGUUGGUGUUUAUGGGAGAAGGAGACCAGCAACAUCUGAGGUCACAGGUUUCCCAUCCCUCAUAUACUUUACUGUUACCUGAAAGAGAGCGAGAGAGAAAGCUCAUGGGAACUAUUUCUUAAACCACCUUAGGUUCCAUGACAGAAGAAAAGGAGGGGUAUACAUAUAAAAAUAUUUUUUUGGUUCAUCAUCUCUUAACGCAUUCUGGUGCAGGGCCAGUUUAAAAUCAAUAGCUAAUUGACAUGAAAUAUCUUCAUAAUUGCAAGAGAGAGAGAGAUUCAGCUGCAUAGUCAGAAGUGAAGUAAUAUGAAUCCAGCAAUCAGAGAGGAACCACAGGGGCAUAGUGCACCCCCAAAAUAUGGGGAAAUGCUGUGCAUUACAAGAUGCUGCAGUUGUCUCUUUGCUGAGCAAAUAUGAUUAUUACUUUACAGACACAGGGAAGUCUUGUGCAUAGGCCUUAAUGGGACAUGGAACAUCUAUAAAAUUUCUGUUGAUUUUGGUGUGUGUAUUAACCAGCAUUUAUUUUCCUGUCUUUUAAAAUAGCUACACCAAGGGAGAACUAGAUAUUUCUUACAUUACCUCAAGAAUUAUUGGUAAGUGUGUGAGUUACUUCAAACAAUGAAGCAGUGCUCCAUGUAGCAAUGCAGCCAUGUUAGACUUGUUAAUUGUCAAUCUUGUAUCUUUUCUGGUUUAGAAUGUAAACUUACAUUUUUCAUGUCUUGAUAGUGAUGUCAUUUCCUGGUGAAGGAGUUGAACUAGGAUUUAGGAAUCAUAUUGAUGAUGUACGGACGUUCUUGGAUACAAGACAUCCUGACCACUACACAGUUUUCAAUUUGUCACCGAAGUCUUAUCGUACUACCAGGUUUCAUAAUAGAGUAAGUGACUUCUGCCAGUACUGUGAUUUGACACAGACUAUCACAGGGUGUUAGCUCUGUUUGUAAGAUUAGGCAUGUUAUCUUUACGACCUUCUCUAUGCAAAACAGGUGCUCUACUGGUGAGCUACAUCCACUCAAGUUGGCAAGGAAAAAAGAGGUGCCUAAAUUAUGGAAAGGCCUCUAAAAGUAGAGGUUCAGAUGGGUACUUCUUUGCCUGCUUUUAACCAAUAUCAUAAGACCAUGUUAUUCUGAUGGACUUAUAUUUUUGGAUGGAGCCUGUAUUAAGUUUUUGUUUGUUAUUUGCUGAUAUUUAUAUGGUGCUGUCUUACUGAUAUUUGGCUAGUUUGUGUAUUGUUAGGAUACUUAUUGUUAGACUGUUAUAUGCUUCCAUUAAAAAAUCCCCUUGGAAAUAAUGUGGAAAUGAGUGCUUAACUUGUGCUGUAUUCUACUAUAAUCCACUAUAAUUCUGGAAGUAGCUUUUACAUCAAGCUGCUUUUAUAUAAUAUGGAAAUUAGAUUUUAGGGAAGUGUCAUGAAAAUGGAAUAAACUGCCAUGUGAAUGCAGCUUUUGAGAACAAUGGCAGGGCCUAGCCCCAAGCUGGAUAAAUACACUUACUGGAAACAAAUACCAUUGAGACUAAUGAGGUGUACUACCACAGAAUAAUGUGGGUGCAUGCAACCUGGAAUUUUGUAAUAGAUUGUGGACAAAAUGCUAGGGACUAGUGUAUACUUGAUACAAAGAGCACUUAUUAGUCAAGCAUGCAGGAAAAGUAAUGCAUAUUUCAGAAGAGCUACUUUAAUUAUUAUUUAAAUUAUUUAAUUAUUAUUAAUAUUAUUUAAAAUAGUUUUAGGCAGUUUUUCUGGGCAAAGGCCCACCCAGUGUAUCUUCUUCACUGUUCAUUAUUCUGUAUGUGGUGUUAUCUAAAUUUGCACAGACAGUUCUUUUGCUGCAGUGCAAAGAAUGGCUGGCACUUAUAUUGUUGUGCCUCAAUAAUAGAAGAAAGUUCUUGUUCAUGGAAACUCAUGUAUUAGCUUAAGCUGCCUUAAUCUUGUGGCUUUCAGUGAGAUGUAAGCAGCCCAGUUGUACACAGAAUUGCAGCCACUGUCCUUAGUUGCCACAGGUCUCUUUGCAAUUAUAUCAAUUUCAUUUGGUUAGCGACCUCUCUCCCUUUAUUAAAUAUAUUGUAAUUUUCAAAGUAGUAUGAUUGUUUUUUUAAAAAAGCCAUGCCUGAAAAUUUUGUUUUUAAUUCCUGAAUUCUGUAAUAAAUUGUUACUGUUAACUGGGUAGCUGCUGAAUUAUUGUGUGCUAUGCAAGCACAGUACUCAAAACACUAGGGCUGCAUGCAUACACACCAUACAUUUUAAAGCACAGUAUUAUUAAUAUUAUUGUUGUUGUUUCAACAAGUUAUAUACAGUUUAAUUUACAAUCAUCUCUAAGUGGUGUGCAGAAGAUUAAAUAAUUUUUUUUAAAAAAACUAUUUUAAAAAAACUUCAACUAAAAUGCUUGCUGGAAUAAUAAAAAAAGUCUUCAGUGGAUGCCUGACCUAAACUGGAAAUUUGAAACAAAAUUUGACCCACAACACUGAAUGCACAGCUCCUAAGAGAUAUGAGCUGUGCACCCAAGCCUUGGGGGACCAUUAACAGUGACUCCUCUGAAGACCUCAGUGAUUAGGCAGGAACGUAAGGUAUCAGGCAAUCCCUAAGGUAUCCAGGGUCUGAGGGCCUUGUAAAUCAGUGUAGGAACUUCCACAACUUCUUCCAAAUUAUUCUGGGAACUGUCAUUUGUUUAGGGCAGGUAUAGGCAAACUCAGCCCUCCAGAUGUUUUCGGACUACAACUCCCAUCAUCCCUAGCUAACAGGUCCAGUGGUCAGGGAUGAUGGGAGUUGUAGUCCCAAAACAUCUGGAGGGCCGAGUUUGCCUAUGCCUGGUUUAGGGUGCUGGGAAUUUUAGCUGUGAGGGAAAAACUACAGAAAAGACUUGAAUCUUUUCUUUCUAAACCAUGAAUUUUUAUGUUUGCUAAGCAACCUUUUGUUUAAUGUUUGAGAAACGUGCUUAAAGGGGCAGCUUGUCCAUUAAAAUGAAUGGAGCAGAUGACCUAACAUGUUACUAUGAAAUUUCAAAUUAACCUUUCCUUACUUUGUGACUUCUUUAGGUAUCUGAAUGUAGCUGGCCAAUUAGACAAGCACCAAGUCUCCAUAACCUCUAUGCUGUAUGUAAGAACAUGCAUAACUGGUUGCAGCAGAAUCCCAAAAAUGUUUGUGUCAUCCACUGUAUGGUAAGUCAGGCAGUAAGUAAUCACUUUUCAAGAAAAGUCUGAUCACAAAACAGCUUGUUUAUAGAGGAACUGAGAAACUGCUGACUCAUUUUUAAAAGCUCAUGGUGGUGUACAAUAAAGUGUGUAUGGUGGUAUCCAAUUAAGUCAUUUGUUGUCAGCGAAAUUAUUUGAUUGUGGUGCCCUAAAUAUUUUGUGGUUCUUCCCUCAACCUUCUAGAGCAGAUUUGGGGAGGGUGCACAAAGUGAGAUAAAGGGGGGGGGAGUUGUGCAACUGUAAAUCCUUGUGCUGACAGGACCUGUUGGUUGGAUUCUGCCUGCAUAUAUUUAUUUUUAAAGAUCAAUUAAUUAUGGAUAACUUUUUAGUAAGCCUAAUUGAUUAAAAGUCACAGUCUUACUAAUAUGCUUGAUUCUGUACCCCAACAACAAAGCCAAAAAGAGGAAUAAAAAGGAAUAUCAAUUCCAGCCUGUCAGGGACACAGAAGUACCUUUCUGAGUAAAUCUCAGCUGAACAGAAGGCUGAUUCAUGGGUUACUGAGCCAGUGUGGAGACAAAUAAAAACUGUUUCAUUGUGGCAUUGCUACAAUGUUGACAAGCUUCUUGCCACAUCUGCCUACUCAAUUGCAUGGAGAGUCUCCACACUAGAGCCACUACUGUAGUUGCUAGGGAAAUGUAGUGCUGGUAUGGAGGCUGGAAGAUGCAGUAAGAGGUUUGCUGAUGGUUUAAUAGAAACAGUUUUUCAUAGACUCUGUAUUGGUCCUCAGAAUUAAUUGUGUGGAUGUCACUGGCUUAUGAGUUGUAUCUUUACAGUGGUUUGGGAGCAUUAAUGGUAUUUGCAUUCAAUUGCUACUGUAUGAAUUUAGUAUUAAAGCCAGGAAGCUUCUAUCUUGAGAGAACCUUGAUCAAAUAAUGUUGUAUGCAUUACACAGAAACUGGCAAACCUUCCCCUCUAAUUAGCCUGAUAGAUGCUCUUGUGUUUUAUUUGACAGGAUGGUCGUGUAGCAUCAGCAGUCCUGGUCAGUGCAAUGUUCUGUUUCUGUCAUCUCUUCUCUAAUCCAAUUCCUGCCAUUCAGUUGUUAAAUUCAAAGAGACCUGGAAUAGUACUCUGGCCAUCCCACAGAAGGUAAGUUUUCCUGACGGACCAAAUGUCUAAACACGUGAAAUGUGACUUUCCAUUUCUUUAUUUCUUGGAGUCAGAUUUUAUUCAGUUCCACCCUUCCUGUCUGUUUAAAGCUAUGUAUCUGCACUGAAAUCAGUGGGAAUUCAUUUUAUCCAGUCACUGACUGGUUGAAGGCAGAUUGGCAACAGUUCAGCAAAACAAAUGCUUUCAGCUAGGGCUUCAAUGAUCCCACUGGGUUCCUAAAGCUGCAUUCCAAAACACAAGUAUUCCUAAACUGCUUUGGUCCCGUAUAAAUUAGACUGUUCCAGUAUAAGUGGGAGUAAUAAUUUUUAGUCAUUAGUAAUCUCAAGCCCUGGAUUUUUGACAAUCACAAGAGCUUCAAGACUUUAAAAUGUGGUAUCCCUACCACAAAUGAGGAGCUGUAAUCCAGCAGCAUUUGGAGGGCCACAGGUUCCUGACCCCUAUUCUGAACCUUAAAGGAAUAUUAACUUAGGACCUGUUUUUACACUCAAUUGGUAGUAGUCCUGUUGUCAGGGGAGAGAAGAGCCAAAUCCUUUUGCAGCUUUCAAACAGAACUGCAUCAGGGAUUGCAUCUGUAAGAUGCUUAUGUUAUACUUGCUUUCUCCUCAUGGGAUUUUUGCCCCUGAGAUCUCUAAUCUUAUAUUUUAAAAUUAGACACAGCAUUCCUGUUCCUUGACAGCAGGAUUUCUACUAUUGAAAAUACUAGAUUCUGCAACUUGAGGAACCCCAAAUACUUUUAUAGAGUUAAAGGAUGCAAUUAUUAUUAUUAUUAUUAUUAUUAUUAUUAUUAUUAUACCCUGCCUAUCUGGCUGGGUUUCCCCAGUCACCCUGGGUGGCUUACAGCAUAUCAAAAAACAUAAUAAAAACAUCAAGCAUUAAAAACCUCCUGAUACAGGGCUGCCUUCAGAUGUCUUCUAAAAGUUGUGUAAUUCUUUACCUCCUUGACAUCUGAAGGGAGGGCGUUCCACAGGGAGGGCGCCACUACUGAGAGGGCCCUCUUCCUGGUUCCCUGCAACUUCGCUUAUCCCAGUGAGGGAACCAGCAGAAGACCCUCAAAAGAGGACCUCAGCAAAGCAGUAAUAUGAAUGGACCCCUCUUAAUUAUUUUUCUCAUUGCAGGUAUGUAGGAUAUAUUUGUGAUCUAAUAGCAGACAAACCUAUUCAACCUCACUGCAAGCCUCUAACUAUCAAAUCAGUCCUCUUCAGUCCAGUGCCCUGUUUCAACAAGCAGAGAACAGGCUGCCGGCCUUUCUGUGACAUUCUUAUUGGAGAAACCAGAAUCUUCACGACCUCCCAAGAGUAUGAAAGAAUGAAGUGAGUGACACUGUGUUUACUUAGAAUACCUCUGCACCCAUAUAUACAAAGCAGGGGAAGGAGCUAUCUAGAGCACACAAGUUACUUAUGCCCCCAGGCACCAGUAAACAUGCUGGUUGUAUCCCCUGGUUGAUACGUGAUCAACACGAGUCUGAAAUAUAGGUAUGGGUAUCUGCCUGGGUCUGUGUCAAUACAGCUGUGGCUAUUUGAACGGGAACCAGGAUUUCCCAAUGCAUAUGUGUGUAGCGGCUUCCUAUCUUCACACUGGCUCUUAUCAUACAUGAACUGGGAAGUACUGCCACCAUACAUGUUGGCCAUGUUCUGGAUGAGCCCUUCACACAUUGGGCACCUACAGAUACAUAAUGUUUAAAUAGGGAUAAUGUUUUGCCUCUGAAGUUUGAUUUUUGUACUAUGGACUGUUUCAAAUUCUGUGCAUUUUCUGCAUAGAGUAUAUUUGUGGAUGUUGGAAUAGGCUGUAGCUUGUGCUGUGAGAGAGAAGGGAGGUAAACAAACCAGCCAAACCAAGACUUCCUUCUUGUUAACUGGCCCAACCUACUCCUUCUACUGGGUAGAGUGGUACAGUACUUGGGUGUGGGUUAAGCUCACUGUGAAUUUUGUUUUGACAGUUCUGAUUAAUAUUACAAGAGUUGUAAAGUAAAAGUUAUUUUACUUUUCUUUAGGGAAUUCCGUAUUCAAGAAGGAAAAGUUGUAAUUCCGUUAGGAGUCACUGUCCAUGGCGACGUAGUGGUUUCUGUCUACCAUAUGCGAUCAACUAUUGGGGGACGACUUCAAGCUAAAGUAUGACUUGAUGCAUUUGUUGAAUGUAAAGCUAACCAAGUGGGGGUGGUUAGCCAACUCCAGAUUCUUUAAUACUGUGGUGAGGUUACAGUGGGAUGUCAAAAUCGAAAGACACAAUGAGAAGAUCAAAAGCAGCUGCUGAAGUCAAAUCACAAAAGGGAAGAGACAACUGAAAAAGAGAAUGGUUUCCGGAUGUUUUUCAAGACAUUCACUUUAUCAAGGGAAAUUUAUUCCAAUACUUUGGGGGUAAUGCUUGGUACUGCUCUUCUUUCAGCUCAUCUAAGCAGACCAAAAAGAAAACAGAUGUUCCCUUUCUGCAGUACACAGUUCUGCACCCAAUUUUUUUUUAAAAAAACUGGGAGAUAUGGAAGCAAAAUAAGAAUGAGGCAGUGGUGCUACUUAUUGAAAGAUGUUUGGUAGUUUGUCUAAUAAUAUUGCGGAACAAGUAUUGAUGUCACUUUAGACUACAGUCCAGUUCAGAAACUUAUGGAGAAACUUGAACUGUCUUCACAAAGUAAUAUCCCUCUAUGUGGUGACAACAACACAUAAAUUCUUAUUAUGCAUAGUCCAUUCCCUUUCCAAAAGGGGUGGACAGAUCAUGCUGAACUAAGUCAGAAUUUAUGUUAUUACUGAUAACAUAAAAGUUAUAAUAAUUCUAUAUUGUACAGAAUAAUUCUAUACCAUGAGCAGUAUGUUUCAUUCGUGUCUUAGUCACAUGAAUAUUAGGAGGGAGUGCCAUCAUGUUUUAUGACUCAGAUAUCAUUACAUUUUAUGUACUCAUGGUAAGCAGGGCAAAUGGGCUUCUGUUUCUACCCCCACUGUAAGAAUUGAAUGCAAUAGAAAGAUCCAUAUUUCCUAAUCCUGAUCCAAAAGUAUGCAAUAUUUUCAUACUUUGUUAUAAUGAAGAAUUUGAAUUUGCAAAAUAACUGUUUAAGCCUGCUACAGACUAACCUACUAAUACCUGCAUACUAUACACCAAAUAUUUUAUUUUUGUGAGGGGGGUUGAUUUUAAAAUUGUGUUUUAAUGUUUUCUUUUAGAUGACGAACACACAAAUAUUCCAGAUUCAGUUUCACACUGGAUUUAUAGCCUUGGGAACAACGGUAUUAAAAUUCAAUAAGUAAGUAUCUCAUGACUAGAAAUGAUGUUGUGUUCUGAGUAGUUAGCUGCAUAUGGAUUAUUGCAGCAACACCCAUAAGUGUUGAUAUGCAAUCAAGCGACACCUAUUUCAAUAGAAAUCUCAGGAGUUUGAGUAAAUGAAGCAUGUAGUUCCCUAUUUAUCUUAAUAUAGUUCAUUGCAAAAGCAAUUCAUGCUUUUAAAAUCUCUUUAGCAAAGGUUGUAGAUACUAGGCCGGGCAUUCUCCUGCUUCAUCCCAUGAUUUCAGGCACAUUGGAGUUUUGUUUCAAGCAGAAGGCCUGCAUAGGUCCAGAAACAAAAUCCACAGAGAAGCCUGUAUACUUAACUGGUUGUCAUAGAUCUACCUAAUAAUGCAACAAAAUUAUGCUCCUUAAUUAAGGAAUAUUCUAAAAUAAACUAGAGAAGUCCUGCCUUCUAGACACUGUAAUUUUGCUAGUGAGUAAGAUGUUCUGUUCCCUGGCAUGAAAAUGUUCCACUUCUCCUAGUAGCAAAAUAGGAUGUGUUUGAAGUUAAGGUUGAGAUUAAAACUCAUAUGUGAAAAUUCUUAACUUUCUCUCCAUAGUAUUUAAUUGUAAAGCCCAAGGGGCCAUUAUGCUCUAAAUUUAUCCCUCUGCUCCAGGGCAGGACCAUCCAUACAAGUCAUGUAGAUCAUGACUUGAAUGUUUAAAACACAAGUGGUCAGCAAGACUAAGCAAGGUACAUUACUCCAGGUGUCUGUAAAGUAGGCAGGUUAAAUUAGCAUCCUGUGAACCAGCCCCUGCAUGUGAGAGCCAUAGCAGAUAGCUGCUCUCAUCUUUGCAAAGCCACCAUAGAAGCUAAUGCCAGUUCUUUCAGCCACGGCUCUCUUGUUUUGCCUGCUGCCUGAGGAAGCCAACCUCUGUUAUGAUGAGCAAGGAGACAAACACUGGUAGCAACAGUAGCAUGCCUGCUAAAUGGGCUAAAACAGGGAUGGCUAUGGCAACAGCAAGAACUUUAUCUGCUACAUCUAGCCCAAGGCUUCUAUACAUGUUAGAGCUGGUUCAAGAUUUCUGAAGUAGCAGAAAGGAGCCCUUUAAUACAACUCUGCUCACUGAGGCACAACAUGUUUUGAACUAAAAUAGCUUUUUAUCAGGGAGAAAGUUAAAUGUGAAUCAACUUUCAUUUUGCAUGCUCUAAAAUAAAAGGUAGGUGUCAUGGUCAUGUCCCUGUGGAUCACUAUUAAAUACUCCCUGAACCCAUUUGGACUAGAAUUACAAAUCCAAACUAUCCUCUUCAUCUGCAAUCAGAAAUUUCUUCUGAGAUUUUAAAUAAUUCAGAUUGAGAGCACAAAGUAAAAAAAUCCACUAAGGUAAUAUUUUGUCAUUGCUCCUGUCCACUAGGAUGUCACACUCUGUAAAACUUACUUUACAUAUAUAGAAUGCGACAUAUUUCAGCCAUAUCAAGUACUUCUUUGUGCUCAUCCUAUGCAGGCUCAAUAUUUGAUUUUAACAGGAUAUCUUCAAACUGUUUUAUUUUAAUUUGAAGAACUUUCUGUCAAUGUUUAGACCUGAAUUGGAUGCAUGCGACUCAUCAGACAAGUACCCCCAGCUGUUCCAUGUCAUGUUGGAGAUAGAAAUAGAUUCUGCUGAUAGACAGACUGAUCUAACACCUCCAUGGGAAAACUUCACAACAAAAGAUAUCAACCCCAGCAUUCUUUUCUCAUCGCACCAGGAACACCAGGACACCCUUGCCUUGGCAGGUAAAAGCUCUAUAGUUUUAGUGCUGCAGUUUUGACUUUAAUGAAAAUGCCAAAGUUGGCCAUUUAUUUCACACAUUUUUGGUAUGCCUUGACGCUUUGUACAUUAUAGGUAGAGGUCCUGUAGAUGCGCCACAAGAUAACCUGAAGAAUGUGGGGCAGGGUGCAUUCUUGUCAUCUCUCAGCUGGCAAGGUAUGGGUAACAUAUCUUUUCAGAACUCAUAAUUCACAUACUAGUUUUCUUCUAUCCCUUAUCUCAUUUCUUGUCCCCAAGGAGCUCGGGAAUGCUGUGUUCACAUGGCCCCAUGGCAAGGCAUAAGCAUUUUCUUGACUCAUAGGAAAUAACUGGCCAGCAUAUAGACAUGCAUAGUAUUCAUAGGCUCAUCACACUUCAUAGAGCUUCUGGCCAAGUUCUCAUGACAGGCUUAUUUUGUGCUCAUCAUUGCAGUUGACUGUAAUAAUGUCCCUUGGAAAAUCAAUGUGCUGUCAGCACUGUGUGUUUCCAAUUUUGUGUUUAACCCAAAGUACUUGGGUUAAGUGUAAACGUUGCUAUUGCUGGUAGUGUUUACUUCCACAUGUGGGGUGUGUGUGUGUGUGUGUGUGUGAGAGAGAGAGAGAGAGAGAGAGAGAGAAGGGGUAUUUCCCCCCUUUGUAUCUAGCACUGGAGGAUCAACAGAACUACUAGCUAAUCUUGAGCUUCUUUUGGCCACUUAGAUCAAAAACUGGAGAGAAGUAGCUCUCAUCCCAGCUCUGAGGACCGGGCGGCACUGGUGCAUGAAGAAAGUGAGCAGUCAGAUGAUGAACUCUUAUCCCUCUCCAGUCAGCAUAGUAACACCAGCAGUGACAAAAUCCACGGGGCACCAAAGCAUACCAAGAAGCAUCAAGAGCCACCAGGUCCACCACCCCCAGAGGAUGUCGAUCUUUUAGGCUUGGAAGGCAGUCCUAUGAGCAAGAACUUCCCAGCAGCACCUGCCGCACCACCCUCAAACUCAGACUUGCUGAGUGAUCUCUUUGGGGUUGGUAACUCUGGAGGACCAAAUCAAGGUGGACAGUCGGCUGUUGAGGAUGUAUUUCAGAUGGGUGGCACUGGAUCCACACAAUCCACCCCACGACGGUCUGCAGCUUCAGCAUCCCCAUCUCUGUCCCCAAGAGUAGGAGAAGGUAAAAACUCCUAAUUGUGACACUUAAAAAACCCAAAACCUUCUAAAAAAUUUUCUUGGCAAUCAUUUCUAAAUAGGAUUCUCUUUCUACUAGGAAUGGGGGAGAAACUCAGUUCAGUUCACAUUUGAAAUGCAUACCACAUGCAUAUAUUGUUAACAAUAACAUACAUGACACUAGGGGAAAUGUGCAAAAAUAGUAUCACAAGAGAAAUGUGAACUAAAAGGAUGGCAAAUAUUAAUGAGGACUUUUAAAAAAUGCAAAUUGAUGUGGCAAAGUGAACUUAAGAUUGUACAAACAAACCCUUAAACAACUGCAGAAUUCUAAGAAAGAUAAAUGCUGUUUUAUAUUAACAGUUACUUGUCUGAAGCGCGGUAGCCUAAGCUGUCAAUUUUAGUUUCUAAUUUUUACAAUCAAGAUUCAGAUAGUAUUAUUUCAUGAUUAUUAACUUGGAGUAACCAUUGGCUUGGUUCUGAAAAUUUUUAAUGGGAGAAAACUUUCUGCGUGUUUUCAAAUUUGGGAAAUUUCCUCCUGCCCUUGGUGCUCCUGUGAUGUCCCAUCCCCCACUUCUCAGGAAAGUCUCCUGACCCAGGUGAGAACCUUUUUGCUGGGUGCAGGAAGUUGGAGAUGUAAUGGGAGAAUGAAAAAGUCCCCUUCUGUGAACUCCCUUCCAUUCACAGUUGUGAGAGCUCAAGCCUUUGUUUAUGAGAACAAGAAAUUUCUUGUUGUAUCAGUCACAAAUCCUUUAUUAUCUCAAGUCAUUCUGGUCACUUGUUUUCUGUAAGAAAUUCUGAAAUCCCCCUAACAAAACAGCCAUGCUUAUAAUUUACCUGAUUCUGUUUCAGCCCCAUAGUGUAUGCCAAGGAGGCAGUGCAUGUUGUAGCUGCCAGUGGAACAUGCUGAGUUUUUAGCACGUAAUCACAACUGCCAGCUUGCUUCUGAUUGUGACAGCAUGCUAAAUGCCUAUCCUUCCUUAGCACAUGCUGGCAGCAGUCAUAUGUCAUCCCCUCACCCCACCCCCAACACUGAUUGAGUGCUGUUGUUGUCAGUGUUUUGAUCCAAUAGCAAUUGGGCACUGCAGGGGGGGGGAAUGUGCCAUAUUUUUCCACGUUUACGUGCGUUGCAACAGGAACCAUUUAGAAUUUGCUGGUUUUUAUUAAAACUCAUCACAUUAUUCUGUCCUUAAAAAUGAAAAACCUUGAUAAACAACUAUUGGUAUGCAGUUAAAGAUGCCUGCAUAGUCCUAAUAAAUGCAUGAAUUUCAGUCCCUGCCCAUACUUCUAUCAAAGUUUAUUUGCUAUCCUCACAGACUUGCUUCUGUCCCUUUAACAGAUUCUCUUUUCUUCUCUUUCUACCUGGCUCCACUCCCCAUUUUCCUAGGCUUCUGUUACCUCCCACUUGCCAUCCCACUCCUGCUCUCUUCUCUGCUUUUUAGCCACCUGCCUUUUAGCACUAUGCCUAUCCCAAAUUUUCUGAUGAUACAAAGCCCCUCCUGUUUCUUGGUCCUAUGUGAAACUUUCUUCCGUUCAACCUGAUUCUGAACAUCUGUCACAAAACCUGCUGUGCACUGACAUUACUGACACAUUCACCUUGAGCUGACAGAACACCUGAACAUGGCACCACAACAGCUCAGGGGCACCUUCUGGGUACAUAAGAAGCAACAUGCAUUUUAAAUGCUUCCUCUUUGUGUCAGAAUUGCUGUUCCUUAAACCUUCUAGCCUCUUAACUAAAUUUAGAAGAUAAGAAGAAAUAUCUUAGUUCACAGUGAACACAAACAGAAAGGAAACAUGAGAAGAAAGUACUGAAAUGCUAAAAGUGAAUGAACUCACUGAACUUGUGUGCUAGUGAAAUUUAUGUACAUUCUGGAGGAAACAGUUGGUAUAAAUGAGAGAGCUGCAGAACAUAACGAGAAAGAUCCAAAUGCAAAUCAAGAGCAAACUUGCCUAUUGCAAGGAGUUACUGCCUUCUUGAUUGUUUUUUUUGGUUGCCCGAGUUGAAAUUUAAACACACUCCCAUAAACUCUCAAUUUCACAUGCGUGUGGAAGAAGGUUGUCACUCUCGUUUCAGCCUCUCCUGCUCCUUCCUCCGCCAGAAGAUGGAGCAAUGUAAUCAAUACCUCUACACGAGUCUUUGUCUUCUAUAGUUCUUGAUUUGAUGGCAAAUCCUUAAUCUCUUCCCUAAUUGUAUCCUAUUUUUAUGUACAAAACAGUUAGGAGUAAUAUGGGUUUGCUCUGGAGUAAAGGAACACAGCUUAAUAGUGGACUUGGGGUGAAUGGGAUACACGUUUAAUAGAACAAAUAUGUUGUUCUUGCAGCAGCUGCCUUUGACCCAUUUGGCAGUAGUCCCAAGAAGCCUGCCCCUGAUCUUCUAGGUUCUUUUCUUGGUUCAUCAAAUGCCACCACUGAUCCUUUUCUUCAAGGAGCACGGAGUCCUUCACCUACUGUUCAAGGAGAUCCUUUCAAUAUGGGUAGGAAACAUUUCAAAUGCCCACUCUUUUGUUUUUGAAUAGAAGUUUAGUGGUGAUAACCAUAUCUUCAUACACUUGCAGAUUAUUCAUAAGGUCAAAUAGUUUCUCUUCCAGUUUCUUAAGUGGUUAGUGGGCCUCAGAUAUACAAUACUAAGAUAUGAUUUUCAUGUUUUGACGUUAACAGCAACAAGCCAUGGGCUCCGAAUUGUUCACAUGCCAAACAAUAUGAAAUUGUUUGAUAUGAGGAAGUUUAUUGGGGAGACUAUAUUCUUUUCCAUAAAAUUUGAAAAAGACUGAAAUCCUAUAUACACUUAUGUAGGAACAAACACCAUUGAACUCUGUAGUGCUUACUUUAGAAUGAACACAUGGAAUAUGGUUGUGUGGCAUCAAAAAGCAUGUCAUUAUGAACUGUAGGUCUAGAUGGGCUGGGUUUCUCUGAGGGCUACAGUAGAACUUUUCUCCAUUUUAAAGCAUAGUAUAAGUGCAUCUAAAUUUUCCAGCAGGCUGCAAGCUUAAUCUAAUACAGUGGUACCUUGAGUUACAAACACCUCAGGUUACAAAUGCUUCAGGUUACAAACUGCACUAACCUGGAAGAGUUACCUCGAGUUGAGAACUUUGCACCAGGAUGAGAACGGAAAUUGUGUGCCGCUGGCGCAGUGGCAGCAAGAGGCCCCAUUAGUGAAAGCACGCCUCUAGUUAAGAACAGUUUCAGGUUAAGAAAGGGCCUCCGGAACGAAUUAAGUUCAUAACUAGAGGUACCACUGUAUUAAUAUCCAGGCUUGGAAAAUAGCAUGUACUAAUUUCUGAUACAAUGAGUAACCAAUGCACCCAGUAUUCUGUCAAAACUAUGAAUAUAGUGAAAUAAUGUGCAUCCAGAAUUACUGGAAGGACAUUUCCUUAAUUUUGAUAAACAAUGUAUGUUAAUAGGCAAUUCUCUUCUUGUUUAGCUUCUUCUAGUACACCAUCUGUUUCCAUUCAGCCAGAUGUUUCAGGUGAUUGGGAAUGGCCUAGCAAAUCAGGUUUGUCUGAAACUAGUUUCUAACUUGUUUAAGAUGAUUUGCUAUGUGACGUUCAUUCCUAUUGGCUAUGAACAGUGACACUUUCCACUAAUUUCCAAAUAGUCCACUUUACAUUAAAAUGAACCUAUGUGAUGAGGUAAUUGCACAAAUGGUGCACUUAAAAUAACCACUAAUGGUUAUUUUAAAUAAACUUAUCAAAUUCAUUUGUUCUUAUUUGAACAUAAAACAUGCACACCAAAGAUACCAAGAAGAUUGUAUCUCUGGUCCAAACUAGCUAUGAAGUUAAAUGUGUCUUUGUAUUUAACAUGCAUUAAAAACAAUGCAAAUAGCCAAUGGUUGGUGCUUAAUAAUUAUAAUAAUUAUAAUAAUUAUAAUUAAAAACAUCAGGGGAGAGGAAUUUAACCCUUUCCUCACCUUUUGCUGUCCUGAUGAACAUAUGCCUUCUGUGGCUGCUGUUUGCAUUGGGAAUAAAUCCCCCAUUGGUUUAACCUCCCUUUUCCCUACCUGUUGUGAUCCCAAUAAUCAUCACCCUCCACAGAAGCUGCUAUUUGCAUUAAAUAUGUGCACAUUAAAUGCAAUGAUAAAUUUGAUAUCGUCUAUAACUUGGCCCUCAGAAACAAAACAUAUAACGCAGAAAAAACUAGUCUAAGCUUUAAGCAAGAACUACUCAAAUUUGUUUUAAAAGUCUGAGCAAAAUGUAACAUUUUUACACACAAAGAUUCCCAACUCUCUUUGUGCAUGCCUAAACAUGGCAAAUGGCUUGUAUGCUAUUAAAACUGGCAUAUUAUUCAUACUGCUAGCUACAUUUACACAAUUGUCAAAAGCCACUUCAUAGAACAUGAACGAAGUUAAAAUUCUUUAGUAUUUGUUCAUUUGAUGGCAAAAUUUAAUGAGGGUGCAGCCUGAGAAAUUGCCACCACUGGUGAGUUUUGCCAAAAGUUAUUUGGGUCGCAGCAGGAACACCUUCAAUGCUCUGUUCAAUGUAUCUUCUUGUGUGAAUUUUGUACUUAUCAUUUAUCUCUAAAUUACACGUCUGCUGAGGUGUCCAUGUGUUGAGCUGACCAACUGAUAAGCAGCAGCAAUCUUAUAUUAAUUUUGUAUCUGAGGUCAUUAAAUUAUAUUUUAUAAGCGUUCUCUUUUUUCUUCUUAGGUGGUCUACGUAUGGGGAGCAAAUCAGCUGCUACCAGCCCUACAGGGUCACUACACAGCACACCUACACAUCAAGCCAAACCACAAACACUGGAUCCUUUUGCUGACUUGGGAACUCUUGGUGCAAAUCUGGCAGGUUAGAUUAAACCUGAACAUUGUCCAUGUUUUUGGCUACCCAUUCUACUCAAUCAGAUGUGCAUUUUUACACUAGGCAAUGAAAGGGGGACCACAUUGAAUUGCACAAUGGAGCAAUUAACCACUUGCCUGCUUCUCUGGAAUGAAUAGCCCUUGCAAACCCAUCCAUGGCAGGCAAGCAAAUGCUGUAGAACUACAUAGGUUGAUCCUGUGAUCCUGACAUAUUAUUGCUGCAUAUUCAACUUGUUAUGCUUUUUAUGAAGCAGAAAGAGAGAGAAAAGGCAGGCUGAUCUGAGAAAGAUGGUAAAAGCAGGCAGAUUCAGUGGAGGAGAGCUUUAAAAUCUGUUUGCAAAGACUGGCAGAUUUAGAAGACAGGAUCUGCUCCAUCUCUUGAGUCAAUUAAUACAGAUAGGUAGCUUGAUUAGACUUUCAAUAAAAUGUUGUAUUUAAUAUGAGUGAAAGGCUACUAUUUACCUUUGCCUGAUCCCACCAUAGUUACCAUGAGAGAACCACAUUGUGGGAUGGCAUGAAGUAAAGCUACGCUUUCAAGCUCUCACCUCUUUUACACAUUCAACAAUGGUUUUAGCAGUACUACAACAAAGCUUUAAAACAUACACAUUUGUGUUGGAUCUGCUGAGACUCAUGAUAAACUGGCUAUGUAUCUUAAAUAUGGUUCUGUUCAAUUGAAUUUGAAAAACCCUUAAUUUGCAUAAAUAACUCCCAUUGGGCUUUUACAGUCUUGAUUAGCAAACAACAAGGAUAGAGCAGGUCAGGAAGGGUGUUGAAGUAAAGAAGGCCAUAGAGACAUUACCAGUUGAGCACUGAAGGAAUUGUCCAAGCCUGCCUGUCUGUUUCAGCUUAUGUGGAUCUUUCCCCAUUGCUUUAAAAUUCUCACCAGUCCCCCUACCCUCCAAAAAUGCUUUACAUUUACAGCACACAACAUCCUCCAAAGAAUCCUGGGAACUGUAAUUUGUUAAGGGUGCUGGGAAUUAUAGCUCAGUGGGGGUCAAACUACAGUUUUCAGGAUUCUUUGGAGGAUGUUGUGUGAUUUAAAUGUAUGCUGUGGCAUGUGACCUGAGUCAGACCAUGGUCUAUAUCAACUAGCAGCAACUCACCAGACAGCAGGUAUUCCCAGCCCUAUCUGGCGAUGCCAAAGAACAGGGGUCAGCAACCUUUUUCAGCCAUGGGCUGUUCCACCGUCCCUCAGAUCAUGUGGUGGGCCAGACUAUAUUUUUUUUGGGGGGGGGGAAUGAACGAAUUCCUAUGCCCCACAAAUAACCCAGAGAUGCAUUUUAAAUAAAAGCACACAUUCUACUCAUGUAAAAACACGGUGAUUCCUGGACCAUCCGCGGGCCAAAUUGAGAAGGCGAUUGGGCCACAUCCGGCCCACAGGCCUUAGGUUGCCUACCCCUGCCAAAGACUAAACUAGGGACCUUCUGCCUGCAAAUCAGAUGUUCUAACACUGAGCUAUAUAGUUCUUCUCCAGAACAGUAGACAUUUACAAGGUGACGUUUACAGAAAUAAAAAGUUGGCAAUAUAGUAAAAAUCCAUGUUCACAAGACAGGAAUGCAUAGAGCUUUGCAAGUAGGCCUUACAGCAAUAUAUCUGAGAGAAAUUAUGUCAAUUAACCCCAGAAGGCUAUAGUACUUUUUUUGACUAUUUUUACAGAAAGCCUUUCUCCUCUGAUACUUCUGAAUCAUGCUCCUUCUAACUAACUAAAAAGGCAGCCAGUAAAAAGUGAAGAAGUUGAACUGAGUUUGGUUUUUCUUAUAUUCUCACUAACUUUUUGUCAAUUGAACAAAACAUGAAGAGCAGUACUGAAGAUCUCUUGGGCUAAUUAAGUACAUUUAAUAUGUGAUAGGAAGAUAAAGGGAACUGCUACACUAAUUUGUGCAUGGCUGCUAUUGUACACAAAUAUUUGUGUUUGCAAUUCAAGGUUUAACCUCCAAUAUCUAAUACAGGCUUUAAUAUAUGAAAAAAUUACCCUGGGAAGGUGGCCUUUCCUCUCCCUGCCCCACCCAUUUUAACCAUAUAUCAUGAUUAAUUGGAUAGAUCCAAGACAGAUGGAUCUGUCCUGUGAACAAUGCAAUGUGUGGCUUGCAUAGGGCAUCACUUAAAUGUGGGGCACAACCCUAAAAGUCAUGGACUGACUUCUUAUCAUUGACAACAGUAUGUGAAAAGUUAACCUUGCUUAGUAAAUACAGUUGAGGAACAAAGUAGGAAAUUCUGGGAGGGGGUGGGAAGGAUGAAAAUGUACUAAAACUGAGAGUAAAAUGUAGGUCACUGCCUUGUUUGCAAGUACCUUCUUCAAGGGAUGCUUUCGUCUUUCCUCCUUUUUCUAAAUAGGCUUCCCUUCCGCCUUCCCUCCUUGGCCCCCUAAUUUCUACCAUAACAAUAACAGCUUGCAUUACCUCCGCUCCCUGUUGUUUACCACUUCAUGUGUCCAAACCUCACAUUGGUUCUGAAAUUAGGUGUCCUGCUUCCCUCUGCUGGUGUUCUGCUGCUCUGCAGGAUCAAAAACAGAAAAUGUGUCUGAUGUCACGUAGUGCAACAACUUGUGGCUAUUUCUUCUUUUUUUAAAAAAAGAAAAGUCUGCAGUACUGAAGGGGUUCCAUGAUUUUAAGUAAAAAGAAGUUGAAUAUGCAGAAUAUUAAUAUCUGAAGUAAAAAAAACCAAGCAGCCAAAAAAACCCCACAAGCAACAAAAAGGCAAUUUUUAAAUAAUCUAUAGUUUCUACUAUAUUUAUGUGAUCAGAGGAAAUGGUGGAAAUGGUAAAGUUCUGGUGGUACUUUACCAAAACAAAUGGGUGAAGCUUUUGAAUUCUGUAAAAAAAAAAAAUUGUUAAGGACAUUGGUGUUGAUUGGAUUUUCAUUCUGAUCCAGAAAUUGCUGCCUGCAAGUGAAAAUACCAUUAUGCUUAUUUUGCACAAUGUUGUGUUUAGCCUUCAAAUUGCUGAUAGCUUGGAGAAAAAGAAUGACACGUAAUCUCUUUCUCUCUCUUUGCCCCCCCCCCCAAUUAUUAGUAGGUUGAGUAAUCAUAUGUGAUCUGUAUUUGUGUAGACUGCUCCAGAAUGCAAUUAUAUUCAGUAUUUACACUCUUGAGGAACUUACAAGUUUAAUCUAUGCCAAAUCUUCCAAGAAAUGCAUAUUUGCUGUUUUCUGGUGCAGCACAUUUCAAUAUAAGCUAUGUUGUUUCCACCUGCCCUAUGCUACAUUGGAAUAUAUAUCUAUAACCCAAUGCUACUAAUAUUCUUCUUUAAAUGCUUAUAUAUAUUUAUUUAAAUAUCUGUAUAUUAAAUGAUUUUGUUAACAAGUAUACAAAAGAAUAUAUAGACGUAGGUGAAAUCCAAACAUUUAUGUGUGCAUAUCUAAAGUGCUUCCUGGAGACUUUAUUGACUUGAGAGGUUUUUAUUUUUGCUUCUUGUGCUGCACUGCAACACUUUUCCAACCUUCAGACAUAGAAGGGAUGGGUGGAAGCCUCAAUGCUUGGACCCAGGUCCACCUGCAGUCCUUUGAAUCUUAGUAAGGAAAUUACCAGAUAUCAACUGGUAAUUCUGCUUUCCUAUUACACAGGCAGUAUUAUUAACACAAAAUGCUUUGCUUCAUGUUUCAGGCUGUCCUUCCUUCGCUAGCAAACCCAGCACACCGACAGGAAUGGGUGGAGUAUUUCCUCCUAUGGGGUCACCACAGAAACCAUCUCCUCAGCCAAUGGGAGGAGGCAGCUGGCAACAAGGCACUGGAUACUCUUGGCCACAAUCACAGACAAAACCCCAACAAAGCAUGCCACAUUCCUCUCCACAGAACAGGCCUAAUUAUAAUGUGAGUUUUUCUGCAGCGCCCGGUGGCCAAAAUGACCGUGGAAAAGGAUCAGGCAGUUCUGGUAAAUUGAUUUUUUGAUCUUUUUAGUCUUCCGAUGCGGUUUUGUAGUUUUGAAGGCCUAGAGGUGGAGUAUUUCCAAGCUGAAAAUAUUCAGUCAGCUAUAAUACAGGCGAUGUGUUUUGAAAUUAAUUUAGACAUUCUGGUUCUAAGUGAAGAACUAGAUAUUAUUGCAGACAUGAUGUCAUGCCCUGACCGUUGUCAUCAGUGUGGAAUAGGGAUGGGGAAACCUGCAGCAUUAUGACCUUGCAUCUUGCCAUUGGCAUGAGAUGCUACUGGGAAGAUAGGAAGAAAGAAACUCACUCACUCAGAGGGGCUGUCAUAUUUGGUGGCAGUCCCAUAUCUGCCAGAAUGUUCAGCUUCACCCUAAUUUGUUCUGCAUCAACUUAAUGGGUGUCAGAUUUAACAGAUGUCGUGAGCAAAUAGUUAGAAGGCAUCUAGUUCUUAUUUAUCACACUAUUUUAUUCAGUUUGAAUUGCUGAGUGAGUUCAAGUUCAAAAUGGGCAAGCAAAACUUGUAAGAUUCAACUGGGAAAUCCUGCUUGUACAUGGAUGCUUUAGAAAGGGUGAUGUGCUAAGUGACUUGUGUUUUUAGAGUGACCUGUACUCAGCAGAGGGGUGAAUGUGCCAUCUUUCUCACAACGGUGGUGUUGGGAAUAAAAGUGCUUAAACUCCUUCUGUUUGCGCUGCAGAGGAAAAAUACAGGUAUGCCCAUAUGUACUUCUCUGCAUCGUACGGAAUGAUUUUGUAAAGUAUUUAGAAUAAUGUGACAUUUAUAUCUUCUUAAAUCAAGUAAUACUUCCUUUUAACACUCUAUACUUUUUCCCCAUUAAGAAUCCAAACCAAAAGUGUCUGCUGAUUUUGAAGACCUCUUAUCUGGUCAAGGCUUUAAUGCUCACAAAGACAGAAAGGGACCAAGAACAAUAGCAGAAAUGAGGAAAGAAGAAAUGGCCAAGGAGAUGGACCCUGAAAAAUUAAAAGUAAGCUGAAUGCUUUGGAUUUGAUUUCCAAAUUGUUCAAGAUUUUGCUUUGACUAGAUUGUAUAAUAGUUGAAUAUUUAAUACUUCAGAGAUGUUUUACGAUGCAAGCAUGAUACCAAGAUCAGUAACAGGACCUUGUCAGUAUUUGGGUUUUGCAUGCCUAUAUUUUUCUAGAAAGCUUCAGUAUCCACACAAGGGAACUGGUUGUUCAAAACUGAGAAGGUGGGGAUGGACUGUGUCUAAAUGUAGGUAAGACUCUGUCUUGAUGGUAGAGACUCCCUAUUUGUGCAGGAAAAUAGUGUGGGAGAAGGAUUAAAACAGUUCCCCCAUCUCCGUUCUCCUAAACUCUGUGUGGGUGAAAGUUGGCAUGCAUUCUUCCCUCAUGCUACCUGGAAAUAUCUCUGGCAGUAGAGAACAGCAUGCAGGUUCUAGGUCUUGACCUGUGUGGGGAGCAAGGACUGGAUCAGGAAAAAGGGCGGCCUUUGGCCUGCUCCCUCAGACCUUAAUUCCCUCUCAUCACUUUUUCAUAAUCAGCCAGCUUCAAACCCUUCAACAAGGUGUGGGGGGCGGUGGCGGUGGGGGGCUAAGCCCACUUAGCCCAGCUUCUCCCAGCAAUGGCUUUGGCCAUGGGGGGGUCUCUAAACCCAUUUUGCUCUUUUCUAAUUACUGUUUAAGGGGUGAAAAGGUCUGUGAUCACUAUGGCAAAUGAAGGUGUUUAGAUGGAAGAUAAGUGCAAAACUCACUAUGCCUUCUGUUCCAACUCUCUUCAUAUGGUCUGUGGGUUCCAACUAAUCACUAGUUGGAAUGGUUACCAGAAAAACUCAUGAAUAAUUAUUAUAAUUAAACUGACAUUAAUCUUUUAUGAAGGACUAAAUAGGGUCUGUCCCAAUAACAGUACAAGUCUUUCAUUUGGAGGAUUAUGAAUUAUGUAUAUAAGUUACCUAAUAUUUAUUUUGCUAAGUUUAUUCUAUUUAUAUUGUUGAAUCCUUGGGCAUGUGAUUCACACUAAUUUCCUUGGUCACUAGCUAUAUCCAUGUAUCCCACAAUUCUAAUUUGGAGAGUUACAGAACAAUACUAGCUGAAUCUCCAUAUUCAGAAGCAGUUUUAUGUAUCUGUUCUUGGAGGUAACAAUUUGACAUUUCCAUUUGAUGAUAUCUAUCUCCUGUCUUUCUGAGAUUCAAAGCAAACUGGGAAGAAGCAAACUAUAAACUGUUCCAAUCAAAUAAGUAUUCAUGCUAGUAUAGAUAUUCUCUUGCAGUUUGGUUUAGUACUACAUUAUCUAUUUUCACAGAUCCUUGAAUGGAUUGAAGGAAAGGAGAGAAACAUAAGAGCCUUGUUGUCCACAAUGCACACAGUACUAUGGGAAGGAGAGACAAAAUGGAAACCUGUGGGCAUGGCAGAUCUUGUUACUCCAGAGCAAGUAAAGAAGGUUUACCGGAGAGCAGUGCUUGUUGUGCAUCCUGAUAAAGUAAGUAAUAAUAUUUUAUGUUAAUCUGUUACCUCAUGUACUCGUUUAAUGAUUCCUACUUGAUCCAUCCCUGCAAUUACUUUCACCAUUAUCACUUUAAAACAAUAUGGAGCGAAGAGUCACUGCAGUUCACUGAAAAUCUUUGGUGUAGCAAUUAUUACCAGUUGUGUGGGAGCUUAGGGAAAGUUUAUUGGGAUAAUUUCAGAAAUAGUCUGAAAAUGUGAUAUGGCUCAGUCAAGUGAAUGAAAAUAAUAAGACCUUGCAUGUUUACUAAUUAUGUUUCUGGUUUGAGUUUUGCAGCAAAAAAAAAAAUGUUUUAAAAUAAAAACUGUGGUUCAUAAAACUGAUAUGCUUAGGCUAAGAAUUAAAGUCUGAUGGGUCUGGAAAAAAUUAAACAAGGGGAAAUGUUGAUAGAUUGUGUGGGCAAGGUGUGAGGUCAUGGUGAACAACAUUACUUUAUAGCUCAAAACUAUAUCAAUAGGUAAAUACUACGCCGGCCUAUUGGAAGUUGUAAGUCUAUCUCCAUAAGAACUACAGAUUGCAAUAAAGCUUAUUCACUAAAGGCAAGUGAAUAUGUACCAGGAGCAACCACAACCUACUUCUUUAGUGUCAUUAAAACAUACCCUAUUACCCCAGGGUAAAUGCUGCAAAAAAACCCAUGUAUGCACAGAUCAAAGAUAUGCUUGCCUUUUAUGAGUAAGAAUUGCCUCUAGGCAGCUAGGUAGGAAAACUUUAUACUAUGUUGACUGUUUCUUUUAAUCUACAAAUACCUGAUAAGUAGAUGUGGGGAUAUAGGCUAGAAAAGAUUUUUGUCAACUCGUAACUAUUCUGGGUUAAUUCAGGGUUUCAUGCCACCCUUUUCAGCAUGCUUGCUCUUCUAUGAUAAGCGUAAAUUAUAUCUACACUCUGCUAUUGACUUUCUGUAUGAACAGUGUCAUCUUUAAGCUUAUUUUAAUAUGUUUGUGAUGUAUCUUGUUUUGCUUUCUUGUAGGCUACGGGGCAGCCAUAUGAACAAUAUGCAAAGAUGAUUUUUAUGGAGCUCAAUGAUGCCUGGUCAGAAUUUGAAAACCAAGGCCAAAAGCCCUUGUAUUAG